GUGGUUGCUAACGAGGAAGAGAAGAUAGAGGUAGCUAAUGCUGUAGAUUUGGCUGAGGCUGAGCAACUGAAUAAUGUUGAGAUUAGCGACAAUGUUGUGCUGCGAAAACUUCUUCGGGGACCAAGGUAUUUUGAUCCUCCAAAUAGUAGCUGGGGAACAUGCUUUAACUGUGGCGAAGAAGGUCAUGCAGCAGUGAAUUGCACCGUAGCUAAGAGGAAGAAACCAUGCUUUGUUUGUGGCAGUUUGGAACACCAUGCCAGAGACUGCAGAAAGGGACAAGAUUGCUUUAUUUGCAAAAAAGGUGGACACUAUGCUAAAGAUUGUCCAGAAAAGCAGAAGAGGGGUUCAUUGAAAUCCCAAAUAUGUCUAAAAUGUGGAGAUUCUGGGCAUGAUAUGUUCUCAUGCAGGAAUGAUUAUUUAACUGAGGAUCUUAAGGAAAUCCAAUGCUAUGUUUGCAAGAGAUUUGGCCAUUUAUGUUGUGUCAAGUAUGUUGAUACUAGUCCCCAGGAAGUUUCUUGUUACAGAUGUGGUCAAUUGGGACAUACUGGUAUGGCAUGCGUAAGUUUGCGUGGUGGGGAAACCAAUGAUUUUGGAUCACCUCGUUUAUGCUACAAAUGUGGUGAAGGUGGUCACUAU